CAAUACUUGAAAGAGUUUUGAUGAACGUCGUCGAAGCAAUUUCAAGUGGUUGGGCUCGGAUGAUGGCUAGUCGGUAUGAUAGAUACCUGAAAGCCAUCGUUGUUUCUAAUAAUGCGAAUGAAAACCUGAAGGAUUUAGCAAAAGACAGGAGUUGGAAAGAGUUUGUAACUAGUAGUAUUGAAUCAUUCUUGCAGGUAUUUGAAAAAGACAAGACGAGCUUCUAUGAAGCGUUAUCGUGUUUACAAGUUCCUGAGUUGGUUGAAGUAUUUGCCGUAACUUUGCACCUGUUCCGUCACUGUCGAAACAAGCUGUCGAAGAGAAGACAAAAGCUUUUCGGCGUCCUUGUUCGAGUGUCCAUAGUAUCUGGAAAACAUUCACAAUUGUUUCAGUUAUUUUUGUAUUUGGCUAGAAGAAAUUGUUUUGUAGGUUUGUGGUCAGAGUAUUCAGGGAGAGCAGAAACUUCAUUGGGAGAUAUUUGUGCAGUUCGAAGGGAAUUGGCGUUGAUAGCGUAUUAUUGGAAUUCUUAUGAUUUGAACGGUUUGUUUCCUUGGGAAUGUAUUAUACAAGCUGCUGCCAGUGGCGAUAAAGAGGCAAAGAUAGUUUUUAGUUGGCUGUUUAAUAAUUCUGACUGUUUAGAGAGUGAGAGAUGGACAGGAUUGAAUAGUGAUUGGAGUGUUUGGAAAGAAUUGGAUUUAUUGGAAUACACAAAGAGGUGCAUUUUAUUGAAUAUUUCAUUAGAGAAGGUGGUUGAUACAGUUGACUGUGAACAUGUUUCAGGUCCCUUAGAGUUUCGUUGUUCUCCAGAGUUGGGGUUAUCGCAUGUUUGUGAUUUUCCUUUGAUUUCGCCUCACAUCAUUUUCAACAACGACAUAUUGAUGGGUGAUAAGCGUUUUGUUGUAUCCAACUUUGUAUUAUUAGAGCAUUUUAUUCCUGUCAUUUAUGAUUGUUUAGAAUGUAUUGCAAUGGGCAUUCCCGUCAUGUUAGAAGGCCCUGCUGGAAGUGGCAAAAGUGCAUUAUUACAGUUAUUGUCACAAAUUAGGGAACAAAGGGAAGUAAUAUAUUCGCAUGAUAUGGAUGAAAAGAAGCUAUCCUUGCCUCAAACGAUAACUUUAUGUAUGAGUGGAUGUAGAGGUUUUGAAGACUUUGAUGAACUUGUUGGAAAUAUUGUGCCACAUGCCGAAAGUGAAGGCUUUGUUUGGAAAGCGGGUCCCAUUGGAGUUGCUAUAGAAGGAGGGCAUUGGCUAGUUUUGGAAGAUCUUCACAAUACAUCCAAUGCAACUUGUUAUGGAAUAGAAAGACUGGUUGAACUGAGAGCUGGUGAGAAACUUGAAGUUUCUGGUAGAAAGCGACCUUUGGAGGCGGCCUUUGGAUUUCAUUUAUUUGGUGUACGUACUUGUGAUGAUAACUGUUGUGAUACCAAUGAACAACAUUCAUAUGAAUGUCAGUCUUCUUGGGAACCGCCAGGAGGUUCGUGGAAGUGGAAACGGAUUCAUUUACCCAAUCUAUUACAGAAUGAAAGAGAUGGUCGUCUUUAUAAGAUUUUACAAAGUCGUUUUCCUUGUCUUAGUUUUUGUCAUCACAGGCUGGCAUCAACAAUAUUCGAAUUGUUACGUAUAUAUCGUGAAAAGAUUUUGAGUAGAUUAUGUAGGCCAGCAACUCUUACAGAUUUGAUACGGAUCUGUACACGUUUGGAAUACUUACAAUUACGAGGAGAAAUUUUAAGUACAGAAAUGGCUGUUUGUGAGUGUUUAGAUGUCUUAUGCUCGUGGGACCCCGACAAGAAUAGAAGGAGCCGUGUCUACUCUGUCCUAAGUGAAGCUUGGAGCAUUCCUUUUGAUACAGUGAAGUAUUUCGAUAUUAUUGUACGUCCUCAAUGGAACACAACUAGCCAAGUGACUGGUAUAACAAGGCUUGGAAGGGCUCAAUGGACAAAUGAGAACAAUAUCAAUAUCUUUCAAGCAACUAUCAAAGUAUCUAAUGGCUGUUCAUGGAUGAGUCAUACUCUACGUUUAUGGGAGCGUAUCGCUCGCUGUGUUGAAAUGAAAGAACCGGUCUUAUUGUGUGGAGAGACGGGUACAGGGAAAACUAGUGCUAUUCAAGAAAUGGCAAAGAUGAUGGGAGUUUCGGUUGUGGUUUUGAAUCUUUCGCCUCAAACGGAAUGGAAUGACUUGAUUGGUACUUAUCGACCUCAUCAUCCCUUUCAAGACGUACAACAUUUGAGUCAGUUGUUUUUGGACGCUUUUUGUCCAAGUUUUGGCACAGAAAGAAAUCAAACCUUUUUGCACAAUUUGGAUUCUGCUUUGAAGAAUAAGGAUAUCGAUCGUUGUUAUCGUUUGAUUGUUGGAGCUUGGAAAAAGAUUGAACAAUCAGUUUCCUUGGCAUCUUUGGAAAGUAGUCGACACGAAAAGUGGAAUAUCUUUCGUGAAUAUUUAUCUCAGUUUAAAAAAGUUUAUGGAGACACAGAAUCUAACUUUCAUUUGAAGAAGAGAAAGCGAAAAGAUGCUUUGGAAUGGAACGAAGGUUCUUCCCGAAAUAAUAAUUCAAUAACCUUUCGAUUCCAAGCUGGACCUUUGAUAAGUGCCAUGAAAGAAGGUCAUUGGAUAUUGUUGGAUGAAAUUAACUUGGCACCGUUUGAAAUAUUGGAAGAGUUAUCUAUGUUGUUAGAACGUGGUAUGCUGCCAGUUUUGAAUGAUAUUUCGAGUUGUGAAAAUAGAGAUAUGGCAGAGAAUACUUAUUUGAAGGCACAUCCCAACUUUCGAAUAUUUGCAGCGAUGAAUCCUCCUACAGAUGUUGGCAAGAGAGACCUGAGAUUAAGUAUUCGAAAGAAAUUUACAGAAAUUUAUGUGGAUGAAAAUUUGGAAGAGGAAGAUCUAAUAAUAUUGAUAUCCAAACGUUAUUUUGGAAGAAGUAGAGAAGAUUGUACAGAUGAAGAGUAUUGCAUUGUUCAAGAUGUCGUUCGUUUCUAUUUGUCAAGCAGAAAAUUAUGUGAAAAUCAAUACUUAGUGGAUGCCAAUGGUCGUAAACCACACUAUAGUCUUCGAGCUCUUUGCAGAACUUUGGAUCUUGCUCAAUGCAUAUAUUGUAGAAUGAAGUCAGUAGGAAGUGCAUGGAUGCGACAUAAGCGUGCUUUAUAUGAAGGAGCUUCACUUUCUUUUAUAUCUCCAUUACCUUUUUCAUGUCGAUCCUUUAUAGAGAAACUAGCAGAUGAGAUAUUUUUAGCUGGAAAUUCUUUAAGAGACAAGAAAAUGUCAGAAUUGGUGAAAGUUCCCACAAGUUUAUCCGAUGGAUAUUGUUUCAUCGAAAUGGAAGGUUAUUGGUUAUUAUCGCAGCAUUCAACUCAUCUUGAUCACUAUCGAAACUCACUUAAGUCUUCAAAAGUAUCAGUAGACGAGGGAGACAAUCAGUUCAUUACAACUCCCUCGGUAAAACAUACGAUGCGUGAUAUAUUGAGAACUUUACAAUAUGGUGUACCUAAAUAUGCCGUGUUGUUACAAGGCCCAACUGCAUCUGGAAAGACAUCUUUGGUCUCUUAUCUGGCUAGAACAACUGGACAAACUCUCCUUCGAAUCAACCAUCAUGAGCAUAUGGAUUUAUCUGAAUAUUUGGGAAGCUUUCAAAUGGAUGAUACGGGUUCUUUUCAUUUUGUACAAGGUCCUUUAUUGAAAGCUGUCCGUUUAGGAUUCUGGGUGGUUUUGGAUGAACUCAAUUUGGCACCCAACGAACUUUUAGAAGCACUGAAUCGUUUAUUGGAUGAUAACAGAGAGAUUUACGUACCAGAAUUGGCACAAACAUUCCGUGCGCACGAAAAUUUUGUUCUUUUUGCCACUCAAAAUCCUUCGGGAGAAUACGCUGGUCGGAAGCAACUAUCCAGAGCUUUUCGAGGAAGAUUUAUAGAGUUGAAUGUUGGUGAACUGCCGAUGGAAGAGUUAAAUGUGAUUCUUCAAAGGCGUUAUAGGCUACCCUUAUCCUUCACAGAGCGAAUGAUAAGAGUGAUGCAUGAAUUGCAAGUUCAACGAACUAGAGAAAGAGUAUUCUUAGGUAAAGAGUCUCUUAUCAGUGCAAGAGAUUUGUUUCGUUGGGCAAGUCGAUCUCCAGAUAGCAAGGAGAGUUUGGCAAAAGAGGGAUUCUUCUUACUGGGAGAACGUUGUAGAACCACUGAAAGUAGAGAAUUCAUAAGAAAAGUUCUCAUCGACAGCAUAGGAGUCUCUUCAGAAGUAUUGAAGGAUGAACAUUUAUAUGAAGAGGAACAGAACAACGAAAAAUGGAUGCCAGUACUAGCCAAGUUGAAUCUAGUACCAACUCCUUCCUUGUUUAGAAUGAUUGCUUUGGUGAAAAGGGCAUUUGAGCAUCAAGAGUCUGUGUUAUUGAUAGGAGAAACUGGGAUUGGAAAGACAACUUGCAUUCAAGUAUUGGCAGAGUACGAGAACAACUUUUUAUGGACUGUGAGCUGUCAUCGACACUUGGAUGUCUCCGACUUUAUCGGUGCUUUUCGUCCGAGAAGAAAGAGCGAUUCCAGCAAGCUUUUUGAAUGGGUAGAUGGUCCUCUGGUCUCUGCUAUGAAAGGUGGUAACUAUUUUUUAUUGGACGAAGUAAACAUGGCAAGUGAUGCCGUAAUAGAAAGACUUAAUUCAGUAUUGGAACCUGAAAGAACACUAACAGAAUACAAAAGUUGUUGUUCCACUCAAGAUUCUUCCCACUCAAGCAGCCAUAACUUAACAGCACAUAGUCAAUUUUGUUUUGUGGCAGCAAUGAAUCCAGCUAGUGAUUAUGGAAAGAAGGAAUGUUCUAUAGCCUUUCGCAGUCGAUUAACUGAAAUUUGGGUACCUCCUAACAAUGCGGUUGAAGAAUACGUUGGCUUUAUUGCAAAUGCUUGGUCAAAGCAAUCUCCUCUUCAUGUGUAUGUAAAGCCUAUGCAGGAAUUGGUGAUAUGUGUUUUAAAUGAUAUGGAUUCGUCACCACCUUUAGAAAGACAACUGUUAUAUUCGAUGUUCACUUGGAGAGAUAUUAGGGCUUGGAUGCAUUUCAUUGAAUCAAGUAGAGAAAUUUUUCAACAUCCAUUCUCCAGUUAUGCUCAUGGUUUUGAUUUGAUACUUUUAGAUGGACUAAAAGUGAGUUCUUUAUCACAUUCGUCACAUUUAGAAAGACUAGUAGAGAAGUGGAAAACACUUUUGUUGAAACAGUGUCAGGAAAGAAUGUGCUUUGAAGAAAUACAACAAGAACUAUAUAUCCAAGGUUUAUCAAAGCAAACCAUUCCUAUUAGGGAGGAGGAGGAAGCCUAUCGUUUUGGUAAUCUAAAGCUGAACAAAGUGAAUGCCGAUAUAGAAUCUGACCAACAAAAUAUCUUGUCAGUUGUUUCUUUGGAAACGGACACUAUGAGGAGAAAUUCUUUUCGAAUCGUUAGGGCAAUGCUGUUGAAAAAGCCAAUCUUAUUGCAAGGUCCACCCGGGAUUGGGAAGACCAGCAUGAUCCAAGCUUUAGCAUCUCUAUGUGGACAACGGCUUUUGCGUGUCAAUUUGUCGGAACAUACCGAAAUGUCUGAUUUGAUAGGAAUGGAUGUGCCAAGUAACCAUCAGAAUGAUGAAAGCAAUGCACCUUUUGUCUUUCGUCCUGGUCCCCUGCUUGUAGCUCUGCAAAGAGGCUAUUGGAUUCUUUUAGAUGAGUUGAAUUUAGCUCCUCAAACAGUUUUAGAAGGACUCAACUCUUUGUUGGAUCAUCGAAGGAGUAUUUAUGUCGCAGAAUUGGAUAAAGAGUUUUAUGCAGAUGAUCAACCGCAUUUCAUGUUAUUUGCUACUCAGAAUCCGGCAGUGGAUGGUAGUGGAAGGAAACAACUACCGAGAAGUUUUCUUAGUAGAUUUACGAGAGUUGCUAUGGAACAAUUGCACCUUGAAGACAUGUGUCAAAUUGCGGAGAAGCGUUUCCCGAAGUUGAAUCGAUCCUUUAUUCGAAAAGGUUUGCAAGUGUUGGGAAAUAUUCAGCAAUGCCGAAAGGAAAAUGAGCCCCAAGAGUUGACUGCUUCAAAUAUGGAAACAAGAGAGCAUAUGAAGUUGUUGUUGAGUGGACAGGAUUUGAAUCUUAGAGAUAUUCUUCGUUGGUUCUCAUGUGUUGAAGAACAUGUAGAGUUGAUUGGAGAUUUUGAUGUGGCAAGUUACUUGUUUUUUGAAAAUUUGAUUAUAGAAAGAUUAGGAAUGGACGUUCAUGACUUAGCAAUGGAAAAAUACGGUCAAGUUUUUGAUACACCGACUAGUAUACAACAAAAGAUUCCUUCUUUUACUAUUUAUCGAAAGGACAAGUAUCUUAUUCAAGCAGGACCUGUGGAAAUAGUUUGGCACAAAGACUGGUCAGAAGAAGAAGAAUCAUUAGCAACUUUUUCCAGGACUAGAGAAGAAGUUCGGUGGAUGGAGACCUAUCGAAAAAGUUCAUGGACAUUAAGCAUUGGUGUUUUGCAUGAUUGGCCUAUGAUAGUCAUUGGAAAGAGAGGAAGUGGAAGAAAAAGUCUCAUUCGUACAUUAUCCAAUAUAUUUGGUAUGAAAGUAAUUGUAUUUAUUUUUGAUUUUGUAAACUUUUGUAUAGGACAAAGACUCGUGGAAUGGAAUCAAUCUGGAAUGGAUACAGAUGGUGGUAAUUUUGUUGGAAGUUAUCAAGUUUUCGAUGCUUGGGAGACAUUGUGGGACAUUCUUCAAGUUGAUGUUAUAUCGAGAUGCAACCAAAUACUCGGUGCUAUUUUUGUGGAAGAGAAGCAACAAGAGAAGAUAGUAAAAGACUUGUAUUUUGUUUCAAAAUGGGUAAGAGAGUUGUGUUUGGAGUUGCACAACAAGGGUUCGAACAAGUUUGACUGGAUGGACUAUGAGUUGACAAAAGUUAUUGGAUUCUUUGAUCAAUUAUCAAAAGAUGUUAUGAAUCCCAAAAUUCUACAUUGGAUAGUAUCUUUGCGUAGAAAAUUGGAGGAAUGUCUUCACAUUCAUAAGAAUGAUAAGAAAUGUGUUUCUAUGUUUCAAUGGGUAUAUUCCUCUUUCAUUAAAGCCGCUAGACGAGGUGAUUGGAUAAUGAUAGACGAGGCACAUCGAUAUCCACCAGCUAUUUUGGAUGCACUGAAUCCAUUUUUAGAAGAUUCUGUAUCGGGAACAAAUAGAACACUUUGGCUUCCAUCCACUGUGGAUGGAGAGGAAAGAGAGAGUUUUCAUAUUCAUCCCCGGUUUCGUAUAUUCUUUGUGGUGGAACAAGGCAAACAACAUCAGUUAUCGAAGGCCUUGUGGAAUAGAGCAUUGAUUACUCAUUUACCAGAUUUGACUGGUAGUGAAAUGAAUAACGUCACGACUAUCAAUAAUAUGACGAAUCCUUUAACCCUUAAAGAUGUUUUUAAGCUUUCUUGUAAUUCAAUAGAACGGAGUGUUUUUAGUUGUUCAUCUUUUUCUUAUCCAGAAGAGAAUAUUGUUCAUAUGACAUAUUAUUGGUGGACAAUGAUGAGUCGACGAAAGAGUUGGCCAGACUUGAAAGAUAUUGGUUCAGAUCGUAGAUGGUCUUGUAUAUUUGGUUUACUUCAUUCUAUGGGAAAGCCAAGUUAUUUAGGAAUACCCGAAGAUAGCCUAUUAGCACAAGUCUACUGGAUAUGUAUUGACAAAGAGGAUUCCUUAUCUCCUACCGAAGAAUAUCAAUGGCUACAACAAUGGCUUGAGUCCAAAAUGCCUCACAAAUAUCAAAACUCUGACAAGUUGGUGCUGUUGAAGAAAUAUCCUGUAUUGUGUUUAUCAGAGUUUUUCUUGCAAAUGAGUGUUUGGGCCACGUAUUAUUCAAAUUAUGAAAGAUGGAUGCCUUUAGUUACCCAAUUCGUAGAGUUCUAUAGGUGUCAUAUUGUGGAGGAGCGUUAUUUGUCAUUGGUCAACUCCAUGUCGAACUUUGUUACACAGUCACCUCAGAGAGAGUCGAUGUCUUAUUGUAUGUCGAGGGAUGAAAUGAUCGGUUGGUUAGUAAAGGAAGGAAUAGUGUAUCUCCCGCAAGUUUUACGUGGUGAAUAUGUUGUUAUGGAAAAUGAGAAUUUCUUAAAUCAAACGGUUCUUCUAUUGGAAUAUUUGUGGGAUGUGGAAAUGGUGAAAAAGAUGGAUACUUCAAGUCUCCCAUUUUUUACUGUUGGCUAUUGGACUUUGAUACAAUGCAUAUAUGGCUAUCCAAACGAAGUGGAACCUAUUGUUAUGCUUUCUUUGUUCAGUUUCCUUCAACAAGCCUUGAAAGAAUUGUUACUUGCGUCAGGUGCAUUUCAAGAAAUUAUUUCACAAGAAAGAGUAAGAGACUGGCUUCAUCAAUGUGAUCAAGUUCUUCUGUCUGUUGGUGGUUGGAAGUUACAGUUUUUACAAAGUUAUCAUUUAUUUGAACCGCUUUAUGUUUCCAAAAGAAUGCAAGAGGCUAAUAUUGGUUCCCUGGAAUAUUUAGAUAGUCAGAAUGCCAAAGCAAUAUCUCGCCAAUAUCAAGUUCAAUUUCGUACGUGGUUGCGUUCUCAACAAGUCUUGGAUGCCGAUGUUGACAUACCAUCGGAAUGGUUAUCGUCACUGAGUGUCGAUUUCUUUGAGUCAAUACUCAUUCCUUAUGAGAAUGAACUUGUCUUUAUAUGCCAGGAGACCCGUAUGGUUUUCACGAUAUGGCAUUUUUGGACAAGUAUUUUGUUUUGGAAUGGAGCUCUUGAAAGUUGUUCGAAACAACUUCCCAUUGAAUGGCUUAAUAUGGUUUCCACGUUUCCAUCAUCCGAUUGGAAUAUGGAAUGUCUUAUCUCUCAACAACAAUUGAUUUGGCUAUUCGAUUGCAACUCCAAGUCUAGAGUGAAAUGGCAACAAGCUUGGAUCCAACAUUUCUUGGCACAAGGCAGUCUGUCAGUUAUCCUUUGGCUAUUUCAGAAUCGUAACAGUUUUCAUAGAAUGUCUUGCCUGGAAAAUGGAUGGAUGUAUCUCUUAAGUAGUUCGUUACGUUGUGAUUGGCAACGAAGUAUUUGCAUAGAAAAUAAUAUUUAUUCUUUGAAUGCUUUGGGAUACAGUUUGCAAUUGCAUCAUUCGAAACAGUUUCUCAACCAAAUGUUGGAUAUCAUCUGUUCCCUACGUGAUGAAAGAGUCUUUCAGCCACAUGACUUGUUUGUGAAAAUGUACAAUGUCCAAGUAGAGUUGUGGAAACAGACCUAUUUGAAUGAUUCGUCAGAUAUGCAAAGUUUUCAAAGUGCUGACUUUAAUUUUCAUAUAUGUGAAGAGGCUAAUCGGUCGUUAUUUUCUAUUGGAGAGAAAUGGUUUAUGAUGGGAAGACAGCAUUUAGAAGAAUGCGUUCUCUUUCGAAGCAAAUAUCACCCAAGAAAAGUAGGACAGAGCAUUCAAAGCUGGAAACAAGUAUUAGAAGAAAUGAGUUACUUCCGAUUCUUUCAUUUCUUACAAGAUGAAAGUUACAUUUCUUUAUGGCAGUGUUUUUGUGAGAACAUUUUAUCGACGAGCUGUAAUCUGGCAUCUUAUUCUGAUUUGGUCGAAGAAUAUCCUCAACUUGUACAAGCAUUUUUAUCUAUGGCUAGUGACUUGUUAUCCUCUCAACGUUUAGAUUAUUAUCAACAUGAGAUAUGGAAACUAGGGAAGAAAGGAAUGGAAGGCAAGGAUAUCAGUUCUGUGUUACAAGAAUUGAAUCAAUGGCAAACCAAUCUUUCGCAUGGCUUGAUUCAACUUUCCGAAGUGAGCAAGGAUUGGGGACUAAUAGACCAAGUGCUUGUAGCUGGCUAUGAAAUUUUGGUUGGAAGUUAUUUGAUGACCAGAGACUUUUAUUUCCAACUUCCUAUUGGUGGUUGUGGUGAUGUAUCAGAUAAUGUUCCAUCGCCUAUAUGUCCUAUAAGUUCGUUGCCUUCCAAAUGUGUUGCUUGGUCUCUUCAGUAUGAAAAUAGCAAUUUUAACCUAUCCAUCUCCCAGUUGAUGACCUUAAAAUGGCUUUACUUUUUAAGAAUGGAGCCCGUUGUUUCUCAGGUAACUAUUCAUGGAAUAUCACAAGUACACAAGUAUCUUGGACAAAUAAUUGGGCAUUUCGGUUUACGAAGCCAUUUCGUCCAACCAAACGAAAUGAAUCAAGCUCCCAUUUCAUGGAAUUUUCAAGAAAAAGCCGAAGAUGUAUGGUUUGAUGAAGAAAGUCGUGAAAGUUGGGAUAAGUUGUAUUUACAAGCACAUCUUUUGGAAGAUAUGACAUCUGAGCAUUCGUGGGAAAGUUCCAAGCAGCAAUUGGAGAAGAGCAAAAGACAUAUUUGGUUUAUCCAGUUGAUCAUUGGAUUGUUGACUCAAUGGAGUCCACAACAAAGUUCAUCUUGUAAACAACAAUUGCAACGAAUCUAUUCUUUUGCCAAUUGUGCAGCUCGACAAGAGUCUAGACAAGAAGAUAUAAAGGAUGAUCCUUCUAGGUUGAUAAAUGAAUUUGACUAUUGGGAUCUUGGAGGAUGGAUUUUGUUGUUUGGCAUGGAAGGAGAAAUAACCCCCAUGGACAGUACACAAGUAUUGAGAAAGUCGUGUUUUCAAUUUUAUCAAGAUUUGAUGCCCAAUGAAAUAGUGCAACUGGAUGAACCUUGGAAACAAACUUACAAGUUUGUCAAACAAUACCACCAAAGCACGGAACAUUUAGCAUACAAGAGCCUAUUGAACACUGUGGAAGAAGAUUUAGUACGAAUUCAACAAUUGUCGAGGAAAACUCCUAUGAUUCGUAUUGCGCAACUUGUAAAGCAAUGGAAGGAUCAUUUGAUACUUUGGCAAAAGCAAUGGCUAGGUAAAGAACAUCCCAUUGGUAAAGUCAUUGCACAACUGCAAUGUAUUUUGGACAAAUGGAAUAAAUGGAUCAUGCAACAUUGGCAGAAGGAAUGGAUAGAAUGGCGAGAGGAGAAGUUACAAAUGGACUCAAUAGACUAUUUUUUACCACUUUAUAUCUUCUUGAGCCAUUCUUUGCAGUCAUCAGUCUGUAGGGAAGAUGUGAUGCAAGUAAUGGAUUUCUUUCUAAGAACUGCUCAAAUUGCAGACUUUUCAUUGCGCGUGAAUAUAGUUAAGAGCUUUUAUUUGUUAUUUCAAUGGAAAAAAGACGACAGUACUACUUCUUGGUUAGCGAAUUUGUUACGUGGAAUUUAUUGUUAUUAUCAGCAGUAUGAAAGAAGGAUACAAAAGGAUUAUGAGGAGAGACGAAAGACGGCUUUAGAUAAAAUUCAACGAAAUAUAGAAUAUGCAUAUCAAUACAGUCAAACUAGUGCGGAAGAGCUGGAAAGCAGAUUUGGAUUUCCUAUCGGAUUGAGACAAAAGGCAGUUCAAAUUGGAAGAGAGUUGGAACGUAGCCUCUCGGAUUCUAUAGCUCCUCUUUUGAAAGAUGAUAUGGAAAAUGGCUAUCAACGUGACAGCAGGGCAAAGCAACUUUCUGCGAACUUGUUCGAGUCACUGAGUAACAGAGAAAUAUGGCAUAGAGAUUGGGAUGACGUGAUGAGUUUUAGUUGGUGUGAAAAAACUUCUUAUUUGCUAAACGUUUGGAAGAAAUCGUUUCAUGUUUGGGAACAAAGCUUGACGAAGGAAGGGUUUUCUCCACAAGAUUUUCAACACUGGCUGUGUGUUUUGAAGGAGAAUGAAGUUUCUUGCUAUCCAUCAACAAUACCAACUUCACAUCGUUCUUUAUCAUUUCAAUUAGCUUGCCCUGUAAUAGGCAUAAAGGAAUCAUUGGAUGGUUGGGAUUCACUUGAAGCUAUAUCCUUGCAGGAUGAACUCUACUUUUCUUGUUUAGCUCAGAGUUGUUGGAUUCGACGGUGGUUAUCGUAUUUGCCAGAGUUGAAUGGUCAGGAUGUUUUAUCCGGAGAUAGGAAACAAGUUUGGAAUGAAAUGAAUAUGGGUUUACAUUUUGGAAAGUAUUUACAAUACAUGACUAUGCAAUUGCGACAGUUGAUUCAUGAUGUACGCGAUGGUUGGAGAAAUUUGAAUAAGUUGGACGAGAUAAAAGAUUCUAGUUUGACUCAAUUCUAUGUACAAUAUACGGAAUGGAUAACGUUGUAUGAAGAAUACAAUAAGAUGAGACAACAACCACUAGACAAAGAUAAGGAGCACUGGUUUUCUCAGUUGCAACAAGCAGUAGAGGAAUGGUACACGAAGCAAUCAGACAGUUCAUCUUUGGAUAGACUUUUAAAAGUUCCGUUGGAGCGGAAAUGGAAGCAAGGUAUUUUUAUGUACGUUGAAAGUUUAGCAAACUUGUGGUACAAAUCGAUGCAUAGCGUUAAGGAGAGAAAAGAUUGUCACGAUGACACAGAAAGUUCCCGAAAUGAACAUUUAGAGCGGCUGAGAAAUGUUUUGGACAAUGGAGCAUCUCAUUCUUCUUCCUUAUAUGGUGUUUGUCAAAACUGCUUAGUGGCAUUGGAGUCUAUGAAAAAACAAAUUCAUUCUUUUUGGGAUUCAAAUAGGACUCCAGAAGCUGAUGAGGCGAAGGAUUUACAGAUUAUGGUAUCGAAAGUGAUACGGGUUGCGGUGAUAUGCGAUGCGAUUUGCUGUUUAUGGUGGAAACUCACCAACGAUAUGUUAUUUACUGGUAUCAAAGAAAAGUGGACUCAAUCAGAGAAUGAUACGGAAAGUACGAUGGAUAGAGAAUACGGUACCAAGUAUGAAAAUGUGCAAGGUACUGGAUUAUGUGAUGCUUCCAUUCAGUCUAUGCAAGAAGCAAAUGAUAUAAGUGAUCAACUAGACGAACAAGAUUGGCAAGAAGCUUAUGAGAAACUGGGUUCUGAUAAACAAGAUAAAGACAGUCAACCUCAGACAAACCCUAUGAGCAAUCAUGAUGACAGUCAACAAAGCCAAGUUGAUAUGGAUAAUACUUGGCAAGAUGGAACUUUGGAAGAAGAAAAUGAGGAACAAGUGGAAGAUGUUGAGUCAGGAGAUGGCGAAAAUGAUCCUAUCAUCUCUGACAAUCUAGAAACAAGUGGUCUUGAAAGUAAGGAUUCACCACAGCAAGCCCGUCCAUCAACUGAAGAGAUGUUGAUGGAUAAUGAAAUGAAAGGCAGUAAUCAUGAUGAUGAUGACCUUAAUCAAGAGUUUUUAACGGAGAAUGAAAAAAUAUCAGAAUUGAAAGAAGAAUAUUUAGAAAGCACAAAUGGUGAAUUUGCUGAUGAUCGAAAUGAAGCACAAAUGGAAGAAGAGGGUCAUUGUGCUGAGGAAAUGGAUGCAUUCCCGGAGGAUUUGGAAAAUCUCUCCGAAUCCAGUACUGUUCAAGAGGAGGAACAGCAACCAACUGAAGAAACGAGAGAAGACGAAUUGCAAUCGCAUGAUGACGAAUCUAUGGAAAUGGAAUCCAAUACUUGUGAUGAUACCAAUUGGCAACAACAAGAAGACAAAGGGGAAGCAAAAGAUGAUUCAUGCCAACAAGAAACUGGAUUUGUAUCGUCGAAAGAGGAUCGUAAACCUUCUGACCAUCAUAACAAGCUAACACCAUCAGAUCAUGUAGAAGCCAAUCAAGCAUUGGAUAAUUUAUCAGAGCAAGGAGAAGAAGGGCAAGAAUCCGACCAAGCUAAUCCUUAUCGGUCAUCAAAUAAUACUAAAGGUGAAGAUGCCAAUUGGAUAUUGAAUCCCUAUAUGAAAAGUUCUAAAGAUAUUUGGAAACAUUUAUUGGAGAGAUUAGAUAUGUCAUCAAACAACGAAGAUGUGAAGAUGGAAAAUGUUGUCGACAACGGAGAACAUCAAGAAAUGGACAGCUUACAGGAUAUGAAUUUAAAUGAAGAAGAGGAAUUGUCAGCCUUAAAUCCUUUGAACGAAUCCAAUGAAGUAGUAGACUCUUGGGAAAGAUCCCAACUCAAUGAAUUUAUCGAGGAAGGUAUAAAGAAAGAAGAAGAGGAACGUAAAGCCCAAGUCUCGUUCGAAAAGUCUUCAGGUGUGUGUCUAAGAGAAGAAGCCAACGCUAAUGAGACACAAUCUUUGAGAACAAAUUGGGAGGAAUAUGAGAAGAAACAACCAAAUGAAGAAAUUGAAAGAGAUCUAUCUUCUUUACAAAGCAAUUGCACAAAAGAGUUACAAGACAAAAAUACAAAUAAUGCAAUGCAAUUAUAUGCACCACCUGGAGAGCUUGCAGAACUCAACUCUAUGCAAGUUACUCAAGAGUUGGAAACAACAGCCUCGUUGGAUGAGGAAGAGGACUCAUAUGUCGAUUUUACUCGUCGAGUCCAAUCCUUUUUCACAAGAAGUACAACUGGUGAAAAGGAGAGUCAGUUGAUUUGGCAGCAGCUGCUUCAAAAGACAUCACAAGAUGCCAUGUUGCUUGCAGAAAGGCUACAGAUGAUAUUGGAACCUUGCGUCACGAGUCAACUCACAGGUAGUUAUCGAACAGGAAAGAGGCUUUCCAUGAAGAAAGUAAUCGAAUUCUAUGCUUCGGAUUUCCGAAAGGACCGCAUUUGGUUGAGAAGAGUGCAACCUGACCGUCGUUCUUAUGAUGUGCUUAUAGCAAUUGAUGAUUCGGCUUCCAUGAUGGAAUCCCAGGCUAGUAUUCUUGCAAUGGAGACUUUGGCUUUGCUGGCUUCUUCAUUCACACGUUAUGAAGUUGGAAGACUGGCUGUAGCCCGCUUUGGAAAUGAAGUGAGUUGGCUGCGUUCUUUUGAGGACAGCUUGUCAAUGGAAGUUGGAGGAGCAGAGAUUUUGCAACAAUUUCAUUUUAAACAGAAUGCCACGGAUGUCGCGGAACUAUUGAGACAAGCUAUUGUGUUUUUAAAAGAGUCAAAAUCAACCAGCCAAGCUUCAAUUGCAACUAUUCAGUUGUUUUUUAUUGUAUCUGAUGGCCGUUUGCAGAAUAGAAAUUUCAUCAGAAAGUUGGUUAGAGAAGCUUGGGAAAAUGGCCAACUGAUAGUUUUCCUAUUGACUGAUUAUGUGGAUUCUAAACAGCAAUCAAUUAUUAGUUUGAAACGAGUAGAAACACUAGAAAAUGGAGAAUUGAAAAUAAGUUCUUAUUUGGAUGACUUUCCGUUUCCCUUUUACAUCUUGGUGCGCCAAGUGGAAAGUUUACCACAAGUAGUGGCUAGUGCAUUACAAGAAUGGAUAGAAAUGAUGAAUCCCAGUCGUUUAGGUAGUUUGGACAAGUGAAUAUGAAACAUCUCAUCUACGCGUAAACUAAAACAUAUU